GGCGGGAAGGACGGAGGCGCUGAGGGCCGCAGGUGCGGGGCCGUGAGGGGCGCGGGGGAAGCGGCUGCCGGCGCCUCCGCCUCGCCGAGCGCACAGAGGAAGCGAACGCCCAGUUUUAAACCUGAAGCAGAGGGGAGAAAAGCUGGCCAUGCCUUCUGAUGGGGCAGAAUAUACAAUUGGGGGGGUGAAGAUCCUCUUCCCCUGCAAGGCUUACCCCUCCCAGCUCGCCAUGAUGAAUGCUAUUGUUAAAGGCUUGAAUAGCAGGCAGCACUGUUUGCUGGAGAGCCCCACGGGAAGUGGCAAAAGCUUGGCAUUACUUUGUUCUGCAUUAUCAUGGCAGCAGGCUUUGUAUGAGAAACCAGUGCCAACCUCAUCGUGUGACAAGGAGGACAGGAAGGCAGAGCCGUCCCCACCGUGUCACUGCAAGUGUCACUCCCAGCCCAAGAGCAACGAGGCUUCAGCAAGUGGGACUCACAGUGCUCCUUGUUCUGCCAAUUAUCCUAAUACAGGAACUUCCAGAAAACCUGGAAGCCCACUGACAAACACAGAAUGUAAGGAAAAUGAAACACUAGCUUCAAAGCUGUCUGCCAAAAAAAAGUUAUCUCUUCAUGCCAGUGAGAACGAUGAUUUUCAAGUAGACAGAAAAAGGAUUCGUCCUUUGGAAACAGAGCAGCAGCAGGUUAGAAAACGUCAGUGCUUUGCAAAAGGAGUGCAGUUGGUUGAUGCUUUAGAAGUUUAUCAUCAGAGGAAAAAUGGAGAGCUGAUUGUUCACUCUGAUAAAAGCAUGAAAUCUGCUACUUUUUCUCCCCAAACACCUCUUGGCCCUUGCACUGAGUGUUCCUGUUCUUCUGGGAGAGAACCUGAUAAAGAUCCCAGUCACACAAAGAAGAAAGAAAAUGGAGAUCGGUUGUGUGUUCCCAAAAUUUUUUUUGGGACACGAACACACAAGCAAAUAACCCAGAUCAGCAGGGAGCUGAAGAGGACAGCAUAUUCCAGUGUCCCCAUGACAAUCCUUUCCAGCAGGGAUUACACCUGUAUUCAUCCAGUGGUGUCCAACAGUAGUAACAGGAAUGAAAUGUGUGUAGAGUUGCUGGAAGGAAAACAUGGCAAGUCCUGCUCUUAUUACCACGGUGUUCACAAGCUCAGUGAGCAGCAUGCCCUGCAACCUGCAGCUGGCCUCUGCCAGGCUUGGGACAUUGAGGACCUGGUGAGCCUGGGCAGGAAGCUCCGUGCCUGUCCCUAUUUUGCAGCCAGAGAGCUCAUGGUGGGGGCAGACAUCGUGUUCUGUCCUUACAAUUAUCUCCUGGACCCACAGAUCCGGGACAGUAUGGACAUUAACCUAAAAGACCAAGUAGUCAUUUUGGAUGAAGCCCACAACAUUGAGGACUGUGCUCGGGAGUCCGUGAGCUACGGGGUUACCGAGAGGCAGCUGCAAGCUGCCCGAGAGGAGCUCGAUUUCAUGGUCAACAGCAACAUCAGGCAGAAGCACCAUGAGCCCCUCCGAGCUGUGUGCUGCUCCUUGAUAAACUGGUUGCAGGAGAGCUCUGGGCAGCUGGUGGAGAGAGCCUAUGAAACUGCCUGUAAGGUGUGGAGUGGCAAAGAAAUGCUCAACUUUCUGUACAAAAUGGGAAUAACUGGGAUUACUUUUCCCAUUUUACAGAAACAUCUUGCUGCUGUCCUGGAAAAAGAAGAAAAAGUAUCUAUGCAUGGGAGAGAGGAACUUAUUGAGGUGCCAGUUGUGAGCCCUGCAGCACAGAUCGUGCUCAAAGGCCUGUUCAUGGUCCUUUCCUGUCUUUUCAAAGAGAACAGCAGGUUUGCAGAUGAUUACAGGGUUGCUCUACAACAAACUUACACCUGGAUGACUGAAGACCAACGUGAUGAUGCAGAUACAAGUUCCUUCUUCAUGAGGCCCAAGCACAAAAAGAGUUCAAGGCAGAAAACCCUUGUCCACAUGCUGAAUUUUUGGUGCUUGAACCCUGCUGUGGCUUUUUCUGACUUAAAUGAAGUUAGAACAAUUGUUUUGACAUCAGGCACACUCUCUCCCAUGGAUUCAUUUUCCUCAGAGCUUGGUGUGAAGUUUUCCAUUCAGCUGGAGGCGAAUCAUGUUAUCCAGAAUUCCCAGGUUUGGGUCGGCACGGUGGGAGCGGGCCCCAACGGGCGGAAGUUGUGUGCUACGUUCCAGCACACAGAGACCUUCGAGUUCCAGGAUGAGGUGGGAGCCCUGCUGCUGUCAGUCUGUCAGACACUUGGCCAAGGAAUCUUGUGCUUUUUGCCAUCCUACAAGAUGCUGGACAAGUUAAAGGAUCGGUGGAUGCACACUGGCUUGUGGAGGAAGCUGGAGGAUGUUAAAACAGUCAUUGCAGAGCCCCAGGGAGGGGCCAAGAGUGACUUUGAUGAGCUGCUGAAAAUCUACUAUGAUGCAAUCAAAUGUAAAGGAGAAAAAGAUGGAGCUCUGCUGAUAGCUGUGUGCAGAGGGAAGGUCAGUGAGGGGCUGGAUUUCUGUGAUGAGAACGCCAGGGCAGUUGUGACCAUCGGGAUCCCCUUCCCAAACGUGAAGGACCUCCAGGUUGAAUUAAAGAGGAAGUACAAUGACCAGCACAAAAGUACAAGAGGCCUUUUAUCAGGGAGUCAGUGGUAUGAAAUUCAAGCUUACAGAGCUCUCAACCAAGCCCUGGGAAGGUGUAUAAGGCACAGGAAUGACUGGGGGGCUCUUAUUUUAGUUGACGACCGCUUCAAAAAGAACCCCAAUAAAUACAUAACUGGAUUGUCCAAGUGGAUCCGGCAGCAGAUCCAGCACCACGACACUUUCGGCACCGCUCUGGAGUCCCUGCACGCCUUCGCCCUCCGCAACCAGAGGGGUGGGGAGCCUUCCUCAGAGCACAGCUCUGAGCUCCCUGCACAGCCCAGGGACCUCUCACAAGACUCUCAACAAGAGGCCACCACUCCUCUGUCCCCUGAUGUUCCUGCUAAAAGUCAGGAGCAGAACUUGGACUCAGAAGUUCAUUUUGCUGCAACCAUUGGCUCAGUUCAUCCCACAGCAUGGGAUCAGCCAAGUGACAGCACGGCAACAGUGAAACCAAGUGACCAGAAAGUUGAUGUAGAGAGCCAUUCUCACCAUGUAAGACAGAGAAGGAAACAUGUGGACUGCACCUCCAAAAUGGCAACAAUUAAAAUAGAGACAGCAAAAGUGAAUGGUUGGACCAAUGCUGAUGUUGUGGAAGAGAAUUGCUGCUCUGAGCCACUGACUUCAACUCCUGUAGCCAAGAACUGCAGGGCCACAGCAAGCAGCAGCCAGGAGCAUGUGAAUGGGCCCAGUGACCUUAUUGAUCAUUUCAAUCAAUGCCAAUCAUCAUUAAUUGCUGAGCAUAAACCAAGUGGACCAGAAUCAUGUUUGGAAACAAGUCAUUUUUCAGUUAAGAGUGCUGAGGCCGCAGUUGCUGAAGGACAUCCUGGUAAGCUCCAGCUUCCAGCUGAGCCCUGCAUGGAGUUCCCUUCAGCAGGGAGAGCAGAGCCUAUAGCAUUAAAUGAGGAUGAGGAUGAGGAUGAAAGCAUUUACUUCACCCCAGAACUCUAUGAUGAUGCAGACCCAGAGGAGCAGAGAACUGAGCCCCCGCUUGCAGCCUGUUGUACCACUGGGAAUUGGGUGGAAUGUGGGAGCUCCACAGUCCCUGCUGAUCCUUUUGCCACCAACCCCUCAGAAACACAGAAUGGGACUGAAAAAGCUGAGGCUGGCAGAAGUCCCCGUGGAAUUAUGGAAGAUGUGAGGAGCAGGGACAGUGCAGUAGGUGCUGGAGGGGUGGCAGCUGCAACAGGAGCAGAGCAGGGAGGAUCUCAGAAGAUGGACACCCCUAAAAGGAAAAUCAGCCUUUCCAGGUCCCGAAAUAAAGGAUUGAAAGUUCGGAGGAGAUGCAGCAGAAGGAAAGCUGCCCUUAGGCAAAGUGGCUCCUCCCGAGAGAGAAAGAAGGAAGCACACAACCAGCCUUGCAGGAAAGGACUUCAUUGUGUUGUCUGUGGAGCUGAAAUCCUGCCCAAAGCACAGGGAAUUUUGAGAAAAGCUUGUUACACUAGUAGUGAGCUGCAAAUAAUCUGGAAACUCUUCAGAAAUGCCAAUAUAAGAAGCAAAGAAUCCAUUAAUAAUUGUGAGUGUAAACUAGAGGCCAUUUCAGAAGAUGAUAAUGUCAUGUUGAUCAUCUCAGAUGCUGCAAGUCUUGGUCACCUUAAAGAAACUUUGGAGGUUUAUCAGAUGCCAGUGAAAGACCUGAAUGGCAGUUUAUCUUUAAAUGCUACUUGGAAUGAGAAGGAAUCUUCUCUGACAAGUUACUUGCAGUGCAGGAGCUGUGUCCUUCAAUCCAUUUCUCCAAGUCCUUUGAUAGGAGCUGAGGUUACUCAUUUCAGUAAUAAAGUGCAGUCAUGGGUCUGGCUGCUUCCCUCCUCUGUUCAUUAUUGCUUGCUGCUACAGAACCCUCCAGAACUGAAACCAGGAAAUUUAGAUUCUGUUUUAUCUUAGAAGAGUUUUGCUGAUCCAGGCUGUGUAUUCAUCAGGACUAAUAAGACAGAUAAGUAAAGGACUUUAAUUAUUUAAUGCCAGCCCCAACCAAGCUGGUGUUCAGCACAAUAUUUGUGUGUGAGGGAUGGGAAGGAGCUACCUGGGUACAAAUUCUGAACUCAUUGGGGGUUCUGCCAUUUGACUGCACAAAGCAAAGGCUUCACCAUAUGAUUAAAAGAAAUAUUUCACUGGGAUUUUCUGAAUGCUGGUAGUUUUUAUCUUCCUUUUCACUUUUGAAUGUUGGUUUACCUUACAUACCCUUCAAAGUAAUUGAAUAUAAAAAACUUCUCAUCAAUUCCAUUGUAUUCCAAGUUUGAAUUGCCUCAUUUUUAAAUUUCUUAUGCAUUUGGAGACCCCACAUGGCAAUGUCUGGGCUGAAAACAUGGUAGGGGAGCAUUGGCAUAUUUUGUCUCGCUGUGAUUUCAACUGAAUUAAAGAAACCCAGAAAUGAAAACAUUUCCAUUUGUUUAUAUAACUAAAAAGCCCUAUAAAAUUGAGCUAGCAAGAAUAUCCUUUAAUGAACACAAACCCCGUUUGCAAGCAGGCCACAAACAGAGUGACACACACACACACCCACAUCCCAUCUCCCCUAUCAACAGCAAAUUAGAGCAGGUAAAAAACCUCCCACUAUUUGUCUUAGGAAAUAUCCACCACUUUUCCAGGGAAUUUGGAAAAUAUUUCUGUGGCCAGCGUGGAGGUGAAAUCCUGCAGCACAAAGCACAGCCACGGGCACCGCGAGCCAGCAGACGGGCUGCUGUAAAACAACCUUUUAAUAAGGCAUUAAAAUGCCAUCGACCUGGACACAUAAAAAAAACAACAACAAAAAAAAAGCUAUGAAAACAAAUGCCUUUCAAAUAAUGAGGAUCUUAUGCCAGAGAGCAGUGUUGAUCUCCAUGCAGAGAUUUUCCUGCUGCAAUCAGACCAGGCUAAGGCUGAGGGAGGAAUUAGCGGUGCAUAAAUCGGCUGCGCUCGUGCUGCUCCUGCCGUGCACAGCCAAGCCCUAAAGCAUCCUCCAGCCCUUCCAGCUCCUCCUUUCUGUCCCCUAAAAUCCCCUUUCUGUCCUCUAAAAUCUCCCUUCUGUCCCCUCAAUUCUCCUUUCUAUCCAAAAGUCCCCUUUCUGUCCCCUAAAGUCUCCCUUCUGUCCUCUGAAGUCUCCUUUCUGUUCCUCAAAGUCUCCUUUCUAUCCCCUAAAGUUUCUUUUUUGUCCUCUAAAGUUUCCUUUCUGUCCCCUAAAAUCCCCUUUCUGUCCUCUAAAAAUCUCCCUUCUGUCCCCUAAAGUCUCCUUUCUGUUCCUCAAAGUCUUCAUUCUAUCCCCUAAAGUUUCUUUUCUGUCCCCUAAAUUUUCUUUUUUGUCUCCUAAAGUCUCCCUUCUGUCCCCUAAAGUUUCUUUUCUGUCCUCUAAAUUUUUCUUUCUGUCCUCUAAAGUUUCCUUUUUGUCCCCUAAAGUCUCCCUUCUGUCCCCUGAAGUUUCCUUUCUGUCCCCUAAAUUUUUCUUUCUGUCCUCUAAAGUCUCCUUUCUAUCCCUAAAGUAGAUUGGAAUACACUUGGUUUAGGAUGCCAGAAUAUUUUUUUAAUUGAAUCUCAGGUUUUUAUCAUGAAAGGUUAAAUUUGAUUAUUUUGAGGGUGAGUCUGGCUGAUACAGCCAGAAAUAGCUGCAAACCCCAUUUCUUGAAAAUCUGCUGUGGGUUUGUUUUCACUGCAAGUAAUGUCCUUGUAUUCAUUUAAAGGUUUAGCAAUAGUUUGUAGUGGUUGCUGGUGUGUAAAAUGCAUUAAACUGUUGUAUAAAUUUAUCCUUUAAUGCAAUAAAAUAAUUCUCUAAAAGCAAUUUUAUCACCUGCAAUGUAUAGAAAUACAAAAAGAAUUGCAAUAACUGAUCAUUCAUGGCUGUGUUUAAGUCACAACUGUUGUGAUGGUUGUUAUUAGCGCAGCUCAGAAAAGCUACGCUAUAAAAAAUAUAUUUGGAAGGAUGUGCAUCUGUGAUUAUAUAAUUAACAUGAUAAAUUAAUAAGGUUGUUGCCUAAGACCUAGGCAUCAGAUUCUCAGCUUUAAGCUGGAAUUUAAUACAUUUUUUUACUAAAACAGCCUGAAAAGAAUAUUGGUUUUCUUACAUAGUAAAAUUACUGUUUUGAUCUCCAUUUUACAGACCACAAACAUCAAUAAUUCAGAGAAAUUAAUGUAUGUCCCUUCUGUAUUUCAUCUCAUUUCCUGUUUUGUCAUUAGGUAACAAUUCCCCCUAAGGCACAUGUUUUUAAAUUUCCAAUCCAGCUUGUGCCUUUCUUCCAGAUCUGCAACUGCAGAUAUUUUCAGGUUUGUAUUUUCCACACCCAGACCUGUGCCCAUGAUAAGAGCCCUGUGUGUAACAUUCCCAACCAUCAGAAUAGAUCUUGGCACUGUGAUUUCAUCCAUUAAUCAGUUUUAUCUGACUUUCUGCUCACCUGGCUUUUCAAAGUGUGAAAAUCUGCACUGCAGAGGAAUUUUAUGGAUUGCAAACCUAAUUUUUGGAGUAAAAUUCUACACAACUGCUCUGGUUAGAAAGCUUUGGGCAAAAUUUUCAGGGUGCUGUGAAUUGCUGUUAAGCCUGUGUUGCCUUUUGGCUGGAAGUACAUCCCAAUUAGUGACCCUUCCAUGGAGCAGUGGCACCAGAGAAGGGAUUUGGUUGUUUUUUUUCAAGGCAGUUGUAAAUGAUUAGUCCAAAGGAGCAGCAUAAAACUGCGAGUCCCCUGCAGGAGUCGGCUGGAGGAAAUUAAAGGAUCAACAACAGAAGGGAAGCACUGAGGUAGGAUUGUUCCAGGCUGCAGCCACAGGCUCUCACAUGCACUCAGGAAAUUGGCUCCAUCAAAAGGCGAGGAUGCAGGAGUGAGGAUGAGGAGGAUCAUGCAGGUGAUGGUUCUAAAUCAUGGCUGAGAUCCCAGCGCUUUCCCAGGGAGAGCUUUCCUCCCCUCCCCGCAAAAAGCAGCAUUUCCCAGGUAAAAAUGGAAUCUUCUCUUUAUGAAUCAAUAAAAGUUGGGCAGAAAUGUGAGCUAUAAAUCUGAUAUAACUCAAUAAAUAACAAAGAUUCAGUCUCCCCACAAUAAUAUCAGCUGGAUGGGGAUUUUUACUGUGCUGUGCCCUGUGUUUGUGUGUGAGAGCUGUGAAACCAAUGAUUGGGGAGUGCUUGGCACUCCCUUCAAAGUUUGAAGUAAAUUCAUUCUGCAGAAAUUUGCAUCUUCUGGGCCUGGGAUGAAGCUGAAACCUUUGCUGGUGGAGCAGGAAAGGAUCACAGGAGGGGAAAUGCAUAAAUCUCCAUCUGGAGCCAAGUUUGCUGGGAAGGAGAUGGGGGAGCAGGAGUGCCAGAGCAGGCUGAGAGCGAAAUUCCAAGGGAAAAGUGGAAGAAAGGAAGAGGAAUGUCCCAGGAAUUCAGCUCUUCUAAUGCUCGAUACUUUCAUCAGAAGCAAACCACUGGAAAGCUGUAACCCAAAUAAGAAAAUUAGAGCAAAAAUUAACAAUAUUCAACUAUUCAGAUGUCAAAAGAACCAGCAGAGUUAUUGGUGUGAGAGGUUAUUGCCAGAGGGGAAAACUCAGCAUGUCCUGGGUAAUUAAGCUUCAUUGGAGAGCAUGGAUCCCUUCUCCAGGUAAGAAAGUCUUUUAUAGCAUGGCAUCUUUGCUAUUGUAAUUAAACACCAUGGGCUAUUCUGCAUAUGAAGCCUUAAACACUUUGGUCCUUUAUCAGGGGAUUUUACUGGCCAGGCAUGUGUGUUCCUAUGGCAAAAAAAAAACCCUGGCUGCUAUAAAAAAAGAAACCCAAACAUUUCUUUUUAUUACUCGACUUGCUGUAUUUUUAUAUAUAUUGAGCCAAAUUCAUCCCUUGUGGAGCUCAGUUGAAGCCAAUAAGGGCAGAUUUGGCCCAUGUCUAUAUGAGAAAGGUGGUGACAAUUAAAAUAUAUUGUUUAAUAAUGAGAGCUAUGGUAGUGCAGUGUCUUUGUGUCUAUGAAAUUAUACACCACGACGCCCAGCCAGUGUGGAGCUGGGGCUAGCAAAACAUAUAAGGCUGGUUUCUGAUGGAAAGGCAAAAGCACUCUGACUUUUAUGAUUAUGAUUAAAUAUCACAAAGGCAUUUGAACGAGGCUAAUUUAGGUAACAUCUCCAGAAGUCUCGUUUAUAGUGCAGUAUUUUACCAUUUGAAAAUAUUUCUUGACUCUUUUUAUAUGUGGCUCUCAAGGACAGCAUGACUGGCUGUUAUUAGCAGUAAGUAAAAGAACAGUUUUUAUUUCACUUAUAUUUGAGGGACUUUCAGCAAUAUUACAAAAAGGAAUGUACCCUAUUAAAUGAGAAGUGAGGACAGCCUUUACUAUCACUUUACACUGGCAAUUCCCAGUUGUUCCCUGCUCAGGGCAUGGUACCAACACAUGAAAGGCUUUGUUGCUACCUUGGAGAGCUGAAAAUGUUUCCAGUUUAGCACCAAACACCCCCAGUGUGCAGAGGACAGAGGAGUUGUGGUUACGUGGGUCCUACCCAGCAACUCCUCUGUGUGUCCCUGUUGUUCAGUUUGGGUGAAUUUCCAAGCUGGAGUUUUGUGCUCUCUGCUGCCUUGCAUGCUCCUGCUGCAGUUUGGGCAGUGGUUAUCCCCAGCCAGGAACAAAUCCCUCACUCCAGGCUCCAUCCUGCUGCCAGGGAGCUCAGCUGUGCUCUGCCUUGCAAAUGGCCCAAAGUUUGGCCCCAGCACUUUUCUGUGGGUCUACACCUUGCCAAGAGGGGAGCUGGGAGGCUGAGAGGGAUAAGCAGGAGAUUUCCCUUGGGGAAAAUCUUUUCCCCUGGGGGUUCUCUGUUCUGGGCCUUGGCAGCUGCCUCUGGCUCCUGGCUGGAGGAACUGGGGUGAGGAAGGUCAGAGGAAUAAGGUCAGAGAUGUUUUGUUGAACCAAGAACUAAACUGGCUCUUGAUGGUCCUGCUCAGGAGUGUGAGGAAGGUGGAAACACCUCCAUACAUGGACCAGCAGAAAAGGCAGCUCUUAAACAGAACUGAAGAUAAAAAAUACCAGUUCUAAAGCUGCUGGUCUUCUAAGGAGUCUCUGACCCCCAAAAAUGAGAGUGGGGAGGGAAACACAGAAGAAUAAAAAUCCUUCUUUUUUGGUGCUUAUUACUCACUCUGAAGCUCUUUUAUGGAAAUCUGACUUUUGGCAUCAGACUCAAAUAAUAUUUUAUUAGAAGGAAGCAUGAUUCAUUGAAAUGGUGCAGUGCAGUAUCUAUGGAAAGGAAAACUGGGAAGGACACAAGAGCAGCUCAGCUGUGGAAAACCAAUUCAAGGAACCAUUGCCCCACAGAGGAUCUCAACCCACAGCAAGAAACAACAGAAAGUAACAAAGUAUUUCCAAGCUCAACCUCUCCAUAUUACUGAUAACUCAUAACUUAUCCUCAUGCAACUCCUUUGCCUGCUGCUUUUGCUCCUUGGCAAGAAAAGAACAUUUAUAUUUAAUUACUUUAUUUUUAUUUUUCUUCCCCUUUCUCUACUUUAGUUUUCCAGCUCAUGUUUUCUCUGUAUUUAAUUCCUGGUUGCUGACCUCCUGCUUCCCCUUCUUUUGCUGUUAAUAGGAUGAUUUGGGGACAGUCUAAUUAGCUGCUUCCCAGAGGUGAGGGGAUGUCAUUUCUGUGUUAUGCAUGAGAGAAACAACUCAUUCACUAGGAGCUGGGUCAUUGCUGGGGGUAAGAGCAUCUGUAAAUCUGAAUUUCAUGGAGUACAUAGCCUGCAAUGGAAGCUGUUUCCUCCCAGCUAGGAGGAAUCCAGGUAAGUGUGGGGGUUCAGCUUCACAUCUGAUUUUCAGUUGUAGUUGGUCUAAAUGAGAUCUUGGUGGAGACUUCUGUGCCUGUGGAGCCAGGACUGGGCAGGGGGAGAGGGGCUGUGUGUGCAGCAGGCACUGAGCUCAGUGAGCUCACAGCUCUGCUCACCCAGCUCUUACUGCCCCAGAUUCUCACAGCUCUGGGCUGUUUCAGUCCCCACAUUCUGGGUUUAAUGUCUCUGUCACUGAGGGAGGAUGGGCAGUGGAUCCUCAGGGAUAUCAGAGUUCCAGCCCUCCCUGCCUCGUGCUGGGUGUCCUGUGUGUCUGAAGGGACAAUGUUUGCUGCCCAAGCAAACCCCCCAGCCCCUGCACUGAGCCCUGCCAGCCUGGGGAGCUUGGGCAAGGCUCACCCAGAGCUGAAACCCUUCCUCCUCACCUGCAGGGAAAGGGACAGGGCUGCACCAGGGCUCAGGUCUGAUGCUGGGUGUAAAUGCAGUCCUGCACUGUGAUCCUGGACAGAAAUCCCACUGGAAGCUUUUCCUGCCCCUCAGCUGUCUCCUUGCCUUCAGAAUGAUGAAUGGUGGAAGGGAAGGGUGAGGGGGAGUGGGGGGAUCCCUCCAAGCUUUGAACUGGCUGUGUCAUCAGAAAGGUGAGAAGGAAGAACAGACUCAUAUCAAGCAGAAUUUUUAUUUGGAUAAAAUACUUUUACUCUUCUUCACCUUUGGUGCUCUCAUGAGUAAGGCUCAGACCAAGUCCUCACCCAAAGAUGUUUGAUCAGCUGAGGCACUGUGGCUAAUAAAUAUAAUAAUGUACUUUGAUUUUUCCUGUAAAUGGAAAGGAUUCCCUGUCCCUACUGCCAUCCCUCCCUGUCCCCUCUGCCUCCAGCCCUGCACACCGACUGGUUCCCAUUACUCUGGUGCACCAGGCAAGUUCAUCACCUUUCCAGGAUGUCCUGUGAUUGAUUCCUCAUGGCCAGGGCAAGCUGCUCCAAAGUUUCAGGCUAAAAUGAGCUCUUGGCUUUAGAGGGGAUAAUCAAUGGUUUGGGUAUGAUUCUGUUCCAUUUUCAGCUGUCUAACACAUUUUUCAGAUGUGUUAAGAGUCACAGCUGAUAUUAAAUACAGUAUCAGGUUCAGACUUUUGUUAUUCUCUCAGUAGCUGCUCAGAUACCCUGGGCAGGAGGAAACUGCAAUUUUCAGUGUGGCUGUGUCAUCCAUCAAACUCAAAUACUCCGUGGCUCAUUCCUGAGCUGCACUGCACAGCCAGGGCUGCAGGCUGGCCUUGGUCAGGGCAAGAUUAAAGGGCUGCUCCUGCUACACUGAAGUCUAUAAAAGUUUUCCUAUUGACUUCAACAGAAAUAAGACUGAGCCUUAGGAUUUUGGCAUGAAAACACAAAAAUUGGGCUUUUCAUCUCUGCUGAAGUGCAGCAGGCUUUGCUGCCUGCCUGACGUAAGGAAUUGUUCUCUGUACAAGUUGUUCUCUGUGGCUGUGCAGGGAUGUCCAUCCCUGCUGGCAGGGAGCACACAGACCUGCCCAGUGUCCUGUUAUCUGUGUCAACCUCCCAACUAGAAGAUAAAGUUGUCAAUUUUUGUCUUGCAGGACAUUUAAAACCGUUGCUGCCCAAGUAGAUGGUGCUGACACUCCACCUAAUUUUUCUUAUUAAAAAGUCAAAUUUCCACCAGUUUGUAAAUACAGCCCCACUGAAAUUGUUCCUUGAAACUGCAGCAAUGUAUGGUUCAAAGCCAAACAUUUGUGUUUGCUGAGAACUAAGGAGAAUGACAACAGCUAAAAAACCCAGAUGAAAAAUAUUGGCAUUUGCCAAAUAAUCCUCCAAACCUCUUCCUCAUCAGUAUUUUUUCGUGGAACAAGAGCCUUGUGACCUGUUGUAGCUAUUUUCAUUGCAGUGGGGGUUGCUUUUCUUUUAUUAAAUGAGUUUCUAAUUAACAAAACCUGCAACUAUCCUGAUUUUAAUUGAACUAAUGUUAUUAGCUCUGUACACUAAUUAAUCUCCUUUUUAUUUCUUUCUCUCAGGACCCAGUUCCAAAGGUGGGCUGGGGCUCAGGAGGGCAGUUUCCAUCCUGGAGGCACCUUGCUGUAAAUCCACUGGGACUGACACCUGAACUGGCAUCCCAAAAGUGCUCAGAGAGGAGCAUUUGGAGCCAUGGCCAGGAAAAGGAUCUUCCUGGCAGGAGCAGGGGUGGCACAAACCUUCCCCUGCCAUUCCCAGAGAGGCUGAGCCAAGUUUAAAUUGAAUUCUGGUGUAAGUAGGACACAGGCUGGGCUGUCCUGCCCAGUGCUGCUGUGAGGAGGGGCUUUAUGUGAACCCUGUGAUGAAACCACCCCGAACCCCAGUGUUUUACAGGCGUUUCUCUCAUGGCUUUGCACAUUAAAUAAGGUUCAUGUUGGCCAAGGCUUUGUGCUUUGUUUGUUUUUGCUUGUACCACUCCCAAGAUUUCCUUUUCUUUAAUUUUUAAUCUUGAUCCCAUUCUUUGCAGAGAGCAAAUCAGUUCAAAACGUGAUGUUUUCUACCAGCAAGGCACAGGCUCAUGAUUUCUCUUCCAGGCUGCUAUCACAGGAAUAAAACUCCUCCAAUCACACUGAAUUUAGGCUGCCUCUUGUCACAGUCAAGUGCAUGGCACCUCCUUGGAGCAGGUCCUUAAAUUAAAAUAUUGUAGAUUUUUUUUGCUGUUUAAGCACUACUGCAGAAACAUGAGUGGCCAAGGAGAGAGGAGGGUUUUUUUCCCUCUGGCUGGAAUUUUUCACUAUAACCAUCCUCAGGGGAGUUCUCAUCUUCAAAAGAAACAUUCUUUCUAUACAAGCUGCAAAAAGAAUUAUUUAAUGACAUCAUAAAUUAAUACAGAGAGGCACAAAUUUUCCAAAAUGUGGAGAGAGAGAAAAAUAAAUUAAUGUUUGCCAAAAACACCCCAGCUCUUCCAGACUUAGGCCCCUCUUGAGCCUGUGAGCUGCCAAUGAUGCCAGAUUGAAUGGUGGGGCUCUUGGCAGGACUGAAGUUUAGCUUGUUUAAAUUUUGGCAAAUAUUCCUAUUACUCACAUUCUCAGCAAGCUGAUACAAAUAUUUGUUCUAUUUAGAGGGAAGUCCAAGCUCAGUCUGGCACCGAGUGCUGCUGGGCUCGGUGGAACUGAGCCCGCCUGGGCCAAGAUUAAAUUUGGACAUCUACCUUCAAGAAAAACAGAAUUAAAAAAUUCCCUGGGCCUUUUAGCACAGAUUAGAGCACAUCAAUGGAAAAUGGUCCUCCUGUGGAUUCAGGUUUUUCUCACUUGCUAAUUUUUGCUUUAAUCUGAUUUGAAAUGGGCCUGGUUUCCCUGGGCUUGGCUUGCCACUCCAGGCUGCAACUCCAGGGCUGGAAAAGCCUCCACACACAUGAACCUCCACAUUCUUGAGAAUUAAAAGCUGUUUAAACUGCAGUAAAUCAAAGUGGGACGCAGUAAGCACACUUGAUCUCUUUUAAAGCUGUGCAGGUUGUUGGGAUUUUUUGUUAGUGAUGUCCCCAGUUUAGUGUUUCUGAUUUGAAAAACAAACAGAGCAAAUCCUCCAGGACACUCAGCAUUGCUGUGCUCUGCUUCAUCCCGAGGAAGGAUCCUGCUCAACCAGGAUCUCCAGCAGAACCAGCACCUGCCAAGCCUGUCCAGGUGGGAAAAUCAGGAGAAAUCAGAUGGAACCUCCUGGAACUGGGACUGGACACAUCCCCAGGUUAGAAAUCUUGCAAUGAAAACAUAAAGCGAACUAAAAUAGAACAACCUGUUUCCAUCCCAUAAAUUAAUACAAACAGCUUUUUUUAAAUUAUUAUUAUUAUUAUUUUAUUUUUGCCUGUGCUUAUCUUGAGUGGGAUUUGUAAUGUAAAUAAUUCAAUGAUGUCUCAGUGCUUUUGUCAAAGUCACACAGGAGGGGGAUCCCACUAAUAUGACUUUUUUAGCCAUUUGGAAAUGGGAAAUUUCUAAGUGGCUGAACUGGAUUCCUCUGAGUGGAAAAAGAUUGUCACUGGAGAAUGAUUCAUCCCAUUUAAUCUCAAUGUCUGAUCUCUCUCCAGUGACUAUAAAAGGAACCCAGAUGACCAGAUUAGAAUAUAUCCAAAUUUUGCACAUUUUUAUGCUAACUCAGCCUUUCCCAAUCAGGUCCUGCACUCAUAAAUAUCCUCUGCUAUUUUUAUAAGGAAAAACUCAUUAUUUGGCACAGGGAUUGCCAGGGCACUCACUCAGCUCCAGUGGCUGCUGUGGGACAGAGCCUGAGCCCUGCCCUUUGCAAAAGCUGCCAGGUAAAACUUGUAAUGCCAUGCAGUAAUUCCAUGCUCAAGAUUUCUCUUCACUCCCUGCAUUGACUGAACGGUUCUGGGAGGAUUCUUACAGGAAUUACUUUUUUAAUUGCCUUAAAUCAAUAAAUAUUGCAUGGAUGAGCAGAAGGUACAUGAAAAAUGGUUAAAAUAGCAGCAGUGAUUAUUCAUUAGAAAUGACAUUGUUAUUGUGUUGUCACCUCUGUAAAAGAGGCAGGAGAUCCAGGCAGAUUCUCCUCUGCGGCCUGGGCUGCUGACCCCGCUCGUUUUUGGGUUCCAUUUGUCUGUUGAGUGUUGAUGCAGUGUCACAGUGAGAAAUGAACUGAGCAGUGCAAGUUCUGGGCAGGGACAGCCCCAGGCCUCUCCCCCUCCUCCCACCUUUGAGCCCUGGAAGGGAGCACAGGGCACAGGGACGGGGCUCGGAGCUCUGGGCAUCAGUGGCUGCUUUUAACUCAGUGCUCUGAUCAACCCCUAAAACAAAGAACCACCUGAACAAUCCCAAAUAAACCCAUGGGCACCUAAAACCUGAUGGUGGAGCUUUGAGAUGGUGAAAAAAGGGCCAAGUGUGCACCUUGGGAAGGGGGAGGUUGGUGUAGUCAGGCAGCAGGAGACAGCAGAGAGAUGAGGCACCUUCAUUCACCAUGGAACAUUUUUAUACUAAUCAUUGAAAUGCACCCAGAGACAGCUUGUAGUAGUAAAAUGACUUUAUGUUCUGAUAUGUAAAAUAAAAUGUCCAUGCUAUGUAACAAACAUUUAAAAAUUCCAUACCACCUGUAUCUAAUGUGGUUUCUAAUAAAGAUUUAUCUGUAGUAUA